AGUGCUGCACCUGUUGCUUUUGUAUCGCGGACCACCGAAAAAAGUAAAAAGUUUGAUGUCGAAUCUUUAAUGUCCUUUUUUUUUGUUUUGUUUUGGCAGUUGACACUUUGUUGACAACAAUUAGUCGGUGGAAUUCGUCAGUGACAAAAUUCAAUGGCGGAGACGCCGCAGGUGAGAAAGACGAGCGGAGAUGAGCGCCAGGAGGAGGCCGGGCAGCAGGCAGCUGAAGACCGGAAAAGUCGCUCGGAGGUCGGCCACGAGUCGGAAGAACCACCGCUGACUCUGCCGCUGGAUCAUUUUAAAAGCAGCAAGUUCUUCGUGCUGAGGCCUGGCACGCUGCACGAAGCCAUCAAAGAGGUGAAGUCUCUGGUGGAUACGCAAGUCGACGGCAACGUUCUCAGCAUUUGGCUGCUGGCAGAGGUGGAUCACUGGAAUAACGAGAGAGAACGUCUCGCGAUCAUUACUGACAACUUCCUGCUGCUCUUCAAGUACGACUUCGUCAUGUUCCGGUGUGAGCAGAUCCAAAAGAUUCCACUCAACUUUGUGGACCGGCUCUGCUACGGCACCUUCACCUUCCCGAUGACAAACCUGCUUCAGCGUGACGGCGAGGGCUUGCGUGUCUUCUGGGACCGACUGAGGGAGCCGUCCUUCACCUCCUGGUGGAACCCCUUUGCCAACGACCUGCCCUACGUCACCUUCACGUCCCACCCUGUGAGGCACCUCAGCGAGGCCUUCUCUUCCAUCUGCAAUAUUCAGAACUUCCGUGAGGAGCUCAAAGGAGCGGCGCAGAAAGCCCACAAGGUGAAGCCGGUCCCCGGGAAGGCCAAUGGCGUUCUGGUCCUGAACCAGUCCAUCCACAUCCAAGCUUACGUGGGCCUCAUGUCUUUCUUGGGGAACACCAACAAGCUGGGUUACUGCUUUGCUAGAGGAAACCUUGGCUUUUAGGGAAUCUUUCACAUGAGCAUGGUCUCGCUUGGUGCUGUCAGCUCACUAACCCAAUUUAGAUGUUGAUUAACCCUUGGCUAUUUUCCAAUGCUCCAAGAAUCAAGCCAUGACAUCUUGGAUGCGCUGCAAGCCUCUAAUAAUGUGCCGUAUUCUCUUCAGCGUGACACUUGACUCAUCUUCCUGCUUCUAUGAUAAUCCCUCGCUCUCACAACACCACGCUUGUCUUCCUCCCUCGGUGUUUCUGUUCAAAGCUGCUUGGCGCCCCACGCAGCCACUAAGAGAUGCACGUUUGUUACUGUUUGUAUAGUUGGUUGUGUUUAUUUUUACACAACUCAUGCACUGGAGACGGCGCUAUCUGUGGCGCAAACUUUAGGCUUUUAGGUUGGCUCCUGUCUGCUUUUUUGCGUUUAUUAAACGAUCAUUCACGCGUUCAUUUCAUCUGGUAUUGACUGUUGCAAUUCUCUCUUCACUCUUUUCAACAAGUCAAGGCUAAAGAGACUUAAGACGGUACAAAAUGCAGCUGCCAGACUUAAGACCGAUGCACCCAGAACAGCCCAUAUCACCCCCAUUUGAUCCAGUCUUCAUUGGCUUCCAGUCAAAUUCAGUUUAAGAUUUUAGUCCUGACGUUCCGUGCGUUGCAUGGCGGGGUCCCUUGGUACAUCACUGUGCCGAGGGAAAUUAUGCAACUUCACCUAUGUGGUCCAAAAAAUAUAUUAUUUGCAAAUCAAUAAUUAUAAUCUGCAAAUAAUGUGCCGUUGUCUGUUGUCUGUGCUGUAUAGAGCUCGGCAGGGUAACCAUGUACAACUCCAUACCAGUAGGUGGCAGCAGGUAGUCCGUUGCUUUGUAGAAGCAGUGUUUCCCAUAAACUGCCAAGAUACCUGUGGCGGUGGGGGCGUGGCUAUGGGCGUGGUCACCAUGACAUAAUCG